GGUCUCCCUACAUAAGUCGCCUGCCUCCACCUCUUGACAGUGUCAGCUGUGUCCAUGGCGCAUCGCGCUGGCUGCCUCUCGAUGCUGCUCACCGCCGCCGUCGUGCUGCUGGCGCUGGCGCCGCGUGGCGCGGCGUACCCGUGGCAGGUGUGCGGCACGACGGGCAACUUCACGGCCAACAGCACGUACCAGGCCAACCUCGACGCCGUCGCGGCGGCGCUGCCCCGGAACAUCUCGUCGUCGCCGGACCUCUUCGCGACCGCCAUGGUGGGCGCCGUGCCGGAGCAGGUGUCGGCGCUGGCGCUGUGCCGCGGGGACGCCAACGCCACGGAGUGCUCCGGCUGCCUCGCCACGGCGUUCCAGGACGUGCAGAACAUGUGCGCCUACGACAAGGACGCCGCCAUCUACUACGACCCUUGCAUCCUCUACUACUCCAACGUCCCCUUCCUCUCCUCCGUCGACAACGCCGCCUCGACGAGCCGCGUCAACCUGCAGAACGUCACGUCGGACCCGGGCAGGUUCAACGGCAUGGUGGCGGCGCUGGUGAACGCCACCGCCGACUACGCCGCGCACAACUCCACCCGCCGGUACGCGUCCGGCGAGGCCGUCCUCGACAGGGAGUCGGAGUUCCCCAAGGUGUACAGCUGGGCGCAGUGCACGCCGGACCUGACGCCGGCGCAGUGCGGCGACUGCCUCGCCGCCAUCAUAGCCAAGCUGCCGAGGUUGUUCACGAACCGCAUCGGCGGCAGGGUUCUUGGAGUCAGGUGCAGCUACCGGUACGAGGUAAACCCCUUCCUCAAUGGCCUGGUGAUGGUGCAUCUGACUGCGCCACCGAUUCCGACAGCAUCACCGCCCGCCGCUGCCGCGGCGGCGGCCGGAGAAGGGAAAGAUUACAAUGUUCCUCGCUUGGUUCUAGCAAUUUUGCUGCCUACUAUAGCAGCUUUAGUGCUAAUCAACAUUCUAGUUUGGCUCUGCUUCUGGAGGAGGAUGGAGAGGCUACGAUCAGGAGCAACUCAGCCAUAUUCCAGCAACUCUGCUGAAUCGGAGAAUAUUUCAAGUGUGGAGUCGAUGCUUAUCGACAUUUCGACUUUACGAGCUGCUACAGGGUGUUUUGCAGAACGCAACAAGCUUGGCGAAGGUGGAUUUGGUGCAGUGUACAAGGGUACUCUGCCUGAUGGCGAUGAAAUAGCAGUGAAGAGAUUAUCGAAGAGUUCAGCACAAGGAGUGGGAGAGCUGAAGAACGAGCUCGCAUUGGUUGCAAAGCUCCAGCACAAGAAUCUUGUCAGGCUUGUCGGUGUCUGCCUGGAGCAAGAGGAGAGGCUUCUCGUCUAUGAGUUUGUUCCCAACCGCAGCCUCGAUCAGAUCCUCUUUGACGCCGACAAGCGUCAACAGCUUGAUUGGGGAAAGAGGUACAAGAUCAUCAACGGCAUUGCUCGUGGCCUGCAAUACCUCCACGAGGACUCGCAGCUCAAGGUAGUCCACCGUGAUCUCAAAGCGAGCAACAUCUUGCUCGACAUGAACAUGAACCCGAAGAUCUCUGACUUUGGGCUCGCGAGGCUCUUCGGGCGAGACCAGACGCAGGGGGUCACCAACCUCGUCAUCGGCACAUAUGGGUACAUGUCACCGGAAUAUGCGAUGCGAGGCAACUACUCCCUCAAGUCCGACGUGUUCAGCUUCGGCGUCAUGGUGCUGGAGAUCGUGACGGGGAAGAAGAACAACGACUGCUACAACUCCCUGCAAUCCGAAGACCUCUUAACCCUUGUGUGGGAGCAGUGGACGGCGAGGGCGGUGUCGGAGGCGGUCGACCCGGUGAUGGGCGGCGGUUUCUCGUGGAGCGACGUGAUGCGGUGCAUCCACAUCGGUCUGCUCUGCGUGCAGGAGAACCCUGCGGAUCGGCCGGUGAUGUCGUCGGUGGUGAUGAUGCUCGGCAGCGACACGGUGUCGCUCAGGGCGCCGUCCAAGCCGGCGUUCUGUGCCAGGAGGAACGGCGGCACCGGCGGUGCCGGUGCCAGCUCGGGGGGCACGUCGUCUGGUACGUCGACGGCGGCGUCGGUGCAAGGCAAGUAACUGUAGAAGUGUGCAACGGUGAAACUGUGCUCGCUGUGUGGGAUCUGCCAUUCCGCUGAAGCAUUCUUUGCCAGGUUAGGUUAGGCUUUCAUAAGUAUAUAACGCAAUGUACCAGACUGAUUACCAAAAGAAUCAAAGACAGCAAAAUAUACUGAAAACUUGUGGUUCAGUGGCUCCAUGGAGCCUGAGUUCCUGUGCUACAAACCAGUGAUUUCAAAAUAUUUGUAAACUUUUGUAAUAGAGAGUAAUUUUACGGUCCUUGAAGAGAUUA